AUGGCGGAUACCACGGGAACGUCAUGGUCGGACAUCCCGCUGGACCUCGCCGGCCGGAUCCUCCGCCGCCUGCCUGCCCACGUCGACCGCGUCCGGUUCGCCGCCGUGUGCCCCCAGUGGCGCGCGGCCACGCGGCACGGGCCCCUGCCCCCACCUCUGCCUCUACUCCUGCUCUCGGACAGUAGGGUGUACAGCCUGCCCGGAAGCGAGCCGUUCCACUUCCAUGGCUCCACGGGGUACAACGACGCUUGUGGCGACUGGUUGGUGUUUUCAAGUGAAGAGGGCCGUUUCCUGAGGGAUCCUUUCUCCAAUGCCACCGUGACACUUCCACCUCUGUCCCGUAUCCGAACCCGGCUUGUGGGCACGGACGGUGGACCAGUUUGGAGUCAAGCCCCCUCUACUGCCCCCGCAACCAUGAAGUGCCCUCCUUCUACUCGCUGUGGAAGAGAUGGAGGAGGAGUUCUGAAGGAUGAAGAUGGCCUGAGCCCUGGACCCUCUUUGACUCUAGAAGAACGGCCCCUGCAUGUGGAUGUGGGUGAUGAGUCUGUUGAUGAGGCAACCCUAGCAUGGAUGGAAAUGGCUGAAACGUUGAAGUUGGAGAUGGAGCCAAAGAAUUGCAAACUGUGGCUCUGUUCAUCCAAUCUCAUUGUAGCAACAAUCUAUUUCACUGGAGGCCAACGGAUUGCAGUGUGCCAGGCAUACCUCGUGGUGGUCUGUUAUUUCCUAAGAGGUGGUCACAUGAUGGCCUAUCUAGUUGAAUCACGUGGUGUGUUGCUGGUGGUGAUGAGAAAGUUGUGCGACCCAUUCGACGACCUGGAUGGUCCCGAUGCAGCUGGACAUAAUGAGUUCGAGGUGUUUGAAGCUGUCCUCAGUCAGUCACAGUGGCUUAAGGCGACCACAAUUGGGAACAACGAGAUUUUGUUUCUAAGUCGACGAUGCAGCAGGUCUGUUUGUGUUCCUCAUAACGCGUUGCCAGGGGACUGCAUCUUCUUCCUGGAGAAGGGCUGGGAUCGCAGUUUGUGUGCUGGCUCAAGUUCUUGCAGGGUCUAUAGCAUGAAGGACGGCAAGGUGUCCAACCCCCUGCCAACUGUGUCAUGGGAGCCUGGCAUGGUGUUUGGGACUUGGCUCUUCCCUCAGAGCUGA